UCUUAAGGUGACUACAUUUUGUACCUUUAAAUUGGUUCUCAGAAAUCCAAUGGUGGUAUCUGAUAAUCAUGCUUUCUGGCAUCUUUUGUAGGCACCAAUAAAGGAUCCCAUCAUUCAUGUCCUCUUCAUGGCCAACUUCCUUCAAGUUUUUGACUGCUAAACCCAGUAAGUCAGCAAACCUUUCAAUUAAUUUCGUGUUUUCUUCCUUCAUAAAUAGAAACUACUUUAGAUCUUCAAGAUACCUAGCCACUUUCAGCCUGUACCCCCAUACUUCCUCUCUAACCCAUCUUUAGCAGAGUUAUUGGACGUAGGCAAGUGCAGACUGUGCUAAGCCGUAAGCAAUAAAUAAUGAAGGAGUACGAGUUGAAAUGAAAUGUGAGUUUGAAAUGUCCAAAAUUUGACACGGAUUACAGUGGGUUAAACAAUCUGGUUAAGUGGUUCAUCGCUGCUAUGGCUUGUAUGGUCAAUGUUUCACGACCAAUGAUUCAAGAAAAAGCAAAGAAGUUUGUGGGUGAGUUAGGUCUCAAUGACUUUAAAGUCAGCAAUGAUUGGCUGGGAUCAUUCCUGAGACGCAAUACUCAAAGUGGGGAACGCUGUGAGGUUACAUUUGAUACUGCACACGGUUGAUCAGUGGAAGGCCAAGAUUGCCAAGGCUAUGAGUCUAAGGACAUUUUCAACAUUGACAAGAGUGGCCUUUUCUACAGGGACAAACAUUCUUCAAGAAGGGGAUACUUGCGCUGGUGGAAAACAGUCAAAACCACGGAUAAUGAUCAAGUGACCUCUUCCAUUGAUGCAGCAGGUGAAUAUGUUUCUGCUGCAAGUGUACUUGUGCAUCCACCAAAAGCCCCUUUCAUGAGCCUGGAACAGACAGUUGCCUCCCCUACCAACCUCUCCUGAGCCUGGAACAGACAGUUGCCUCCCCUGCCAAGACCUGUGUUUGUAAAGGUAGCAGUACACGGUUCGUUGUUUUCUGAAUUGAGCGUGGUGGAGAUCAAGAAGGCGUCCGCGGCUCCGAGAGAGUGUGUGUCUACUGUGGUCUGCUACCUUAACUGGUUCGUUGUUUUCUGAAUUGAGCGUGGUGGAGAUCAAGAAGGCGUCCGCGGCUCCGAGAGAGCGUGUGUCUACUGUGGUCUGCUACCUAAAUGGGCCACAUUUAUGCUGAUCCGAUAGAGGUAGACUUCGAUGAAGUGGAGGACUUCUUGGCGACUGAUGAGCUGUUUGUAGACUACUUCAACAUAUUUCUAGCUCUACCGACAUUCCCAGAGCCGCUAUGUUUCAACAAGGAGACAGGAGGAUUCGAGGUGCUGAGUCCAGCCAAGAAGGAGCUUGCAAGGCAGAUCAAGGAAGCCCUGCGCUCACAGAACCGGACGCCCCGGAUCUAUCGUAUUGCCAAGAAACACAGCUUCAUGGACAUCCCACUGAUCCCGAUGGAAGACGACAAGGAGCCGAAAAAUCUUGAGAUUCACACUAGUUUUACUGUAACGACCCUAAACAAGGAGCAAGGUAUCCACUGGGUCAAGGCUGAGAGACUGCCCUCCUUUCUGGAGAGUGAGCUCUACCUGGAGUACAGGCUCGCCAAACUCCUCUCCCAGGCCCGCAUAACGGGGGAGCACGGCGAAUACGUGCUCAUGAAGAUUGACUUCAAACCCCGGCCCGACAAGGCUAAAAAGAAGAAAGAUGAUGAGGAAAUCAAGGUGGAUCCAAAGGAAGCCCUCAUGGUUGACAUGUACGUCUGUAUGGGUAACGCCUCCACCACCGAGACUGACGCAUGGUAUGCCACUGCUAAAAUAGCAACAGAACGAGUCACAGUGACCACCCCAUCGCGCCCCGGUAGUGAGCGGCCAAGACCUCUGUCCAGUACCCGUCCCACUAGUGCCCGACCGUCCAGUGCGUAUAGUGAUCCGUACAACAGGUCUGACAGUGGCAUAGGUUCGUCAGUGCGAAGUUCUACACAGACAUCCAAAUAUAUUUCUCAGUACCAUCAGAAAUAUCCUAUGACGGAAUCUGAUGCUGAUUUGCUUAAAAGUAAAUUGUAUUCCACUGAUGGUAAACCAACUACGCCCAGGAUCAGUGAUAAGUUAUGUGUGGUGGAUCAGAGUCGCCCCUACAGCUCCAUUGUGUAUUCCGUACCGAAAGGCAGCGGAAGUGUAGAGUCUAUGAAUGACAGCGAUCUGGGAAUUUACGACGAUGUCAAGAGAGAUAAUGAUGAUGAGAAAGAUUCAGGGAAAGGCGAUGAUGAGGCUGUUGAUGUGAACGACAGUAUGGCUACUGAGACGGAGGUUCACGUACAGACUGUUUUUGUUGAGAGCCUUGACGAUGCAGGUGCUAUUGUUGUCGGGGCUGUGAUGAAGAGAGCGAUAGGCAGAUUAAAGAAUAUGGAUGACAAAGAGGUAGGAAAAAUGCCUGAAAUUCAGGGAAUAUUUCCUGAUCCAAGCUUUUCAAAUAUAUGCAUAGAGUCACUAGAAAGAAUGAUCUUUGUUGAAGAGCAUAUACACAAGGCUGGGAUAGAGGAGAAAAAAGAAUCAGAACAAAAAAUUAGCGAACAAAUGCGGAAAAACGUCGAAGAGGAGAGUGACGUAGAUUCGUUGCUAGAUAGUGAAGAGGAUUACGAAGAAGGGGACACAUUUUUCCGGAAGCAUAAGCACAGGACGUACAGCCUGUGUACGAGGAAGGGGGUGGAGCAGUUCAAGAAGUUCCUGAAGGGAACGCUCGGGGAACGGAACUGGAAACUCUGGGUGGACAUUGACAGGAUGAGGCUGAUGGCAAACGAAGAUGAAAUACUCCUGUACCUGUGCUGGUUACGGGAACACUACCACAAGCCGGGAGCCGAGUUUGAGCUGACCCCUGAGCAGAAGGCCCAGAUGGGUCUAGGGGAGCCCUCAGCAUGGACCCUAGAGAAACUGCUGGGAGUACAGAACAUGCUGGCGGAGCCCUUACUGCUCUACUGGGCCCCCAGGUUCCUACUGAAGCAGAUGAUGCGUUCCAACCCGGACCGCAACCUGCUGUAUCAGCACCUGAAGCAUAUGAAGGCCCCAUCAGGCGUGGAGCCCUCGCCCCCCACAGCCCCCCUGCUGCCCCUGAGGCCCAAAUCCUGCCUGCCGAGGAUCAGGAAACCUGAACUGACCAUCUCUCCUCAUGUGGUGCACUCCCUGCCAGGGUUUCAGCCUGUCAUCACAGACACCUCCCCGCCUGUGGGCAUGAAGAGAGCCUACGCAGAGCCCACACUGAAGUUCAUUGAAGCGUGGCAGCGUGAACAGAUGGUGCACACCCAGCUUCUGUCCCCUAGCCUGCAGGUGGACCGCACGUCAACUCCACGACUGAGACGACCAAUGUCUGCAAAGACAAAUACCACUCAACACCUCAACAUGUCCUUUAAGCAGAGGCCAAAGUCGGCAAUUGUAAAACCAUCCACCACAUGCCCAUCCACUGGUCGUUCUACCUCGUCCCGUAUAUCUGUGGAAUCUGCAACAGGCCGUGUAAGAGUGAAGUCCUCUCCUGGGGUGGCGGAGGGGAUGCCUUCCCCUCGGUCAAGGUCAUCGGGUACAACAAGGUCAAGGCCAUCAUCGGCCGCUUCAAGUAUACGCUCAGUCAGAUCUGACGCCGCUGAGUCAGAGUUGUCGGACUUCCUGGGUGGAGACCGUAUGGAGCACAUGCUGCAGGCCUUGCAUCGAGAGAACGACGCAGGGUGCUUCUUCAGGCGAUAUGUGGAGAAGAGUGGCAGCAAAGCCUGGAUUGACAAUUUAAAUCUUUGGCGUGACGUCCAAGACUACCAUCUUCUGUUUUAUUCCAAGUAUCUAGACCCGUAUGUGGUCAGCAAAAAAGCAAAGUCAAUAUUUUCCAAGUACAUCACUGUUGGUGCUCGGUGCCGAGUCAGUAUCAGUACUGAAGCAACAAAUGAAAUUCGAGCCCGCCUUGACCCCCCUUUUGAGGACCUUUUUGACGCCGCUGAGGAGCACGCUAUUCAGGUUGUACAUGAGGCAUGGCUGGAUAUGUGGGAGACCGACCAGAAGACAUAUAACAAGGUUGAGCUAAUAGAAGUAAAACGUCACUUGGAGACCAAGUCAAAAUAUGUCAUACACCUGAAGAAGACUGGCCUUAUCAAAGAGGCAAUCAGUACUCCUGACAUCAUGGAAGGUUACGAAGACCCUGUCUACGAUGAGACCCUUCUAGCAAACAUCCCUGACGAAUUCAAAGAUUACACGCUGGAGAAACUUGUGCAUAAUCGCAUUGAGCUCGAGCAUUUCCGGAAUUUUCUCGCUGAGAAUUACGCCAGCAUGGACAUCAUGUGCUGGAUGGACAUUGAGGCUUUCCGCAGGAUUCUGCAUGCUGAUGAAAAGAAACGCAACAUGAAGGCGGUAGAAAUCAAGAUGAAGUACUUGAACAAGAAAUACUUCUUUGGACCAAACAGUCCUGCGGGAAAAGAAGGCCAAGAUAAAGUUGCCGAAGCUGGAGGUGGGUGGGGUAAGCUGCUGGAUGAUCGACCUCCCAAUCCCAUGAUUCUUGAAGCCCAGAAAUAUGUUCAGGAACGUCUUGAGAAAAAAUGGCUACCAUUGUUCUUGGCAACACCAGAGUUUGCUAUUCGCCAGAAGCCAAAGACCAAUAUGGACGAUGUUGUUGAUGAUGUCAUAGUUCAGAAGAAAAAGAAGUCUCUAAACAUGCUGAAGUUGCUAGACAGUAAGUGGGUUUCAUCGUCAAAAGAAAUCAUCAUCUUCCGGAAGGCUCUGAUGAAUCCUGUUACAUCUCUGCAGUUCAGAAGGUUUGUCUCAAUCAAGGGGGACAGUCUGCUUGAAAAUGAUGUGCUCUUCUGGUUGGAGGUCCAAAAGUUCAAGGACAUGUACCAUGCCCACUGUGAGGAGGCGCUGAUCGUUCAGAAGAUAAACACGAUCAUCAACUGCUUCAUUGAAUCCCAGAUCCCUCCCUCCCUGCAGAUUGAUAUCCAGGAAGAGAUGGCCGAGAGAGUCAUUGACCGCAAAUAUGAGAAGAGUCCGUAUUUAUUCCGUGAGGCACAGCUGUAUGUGUUCCGGGUGCUGUUCCCACACUGGAAUGAGUUCUGCAGUUUCCGUCUCAAUCUGGCUGAGGACAAAGUCCUGCCCACCAUCGAGAGGCGCCGUAGACAUGCGCGGGUAAAGGAACGGAAAAGGCUGCAAGAAUUUGAGGAGAAACAAGCCAAGGGAAAAACUCGUGGAGUGCAAUCAAGGGAAGCUGAGCGAAGAGCUGCCCUGGGAUUACCUCCCCUGGGUGAGGAUGAUGACUUCCACGACCCAUUCCUUGCCUUGGGGGCUGGGGCAGACAGUGCGGAGGCGGAGGGAGAUCAGGACGACAAGGACAAGAUCUCGUGGACGUAUUCCAGCUACAUGAACGCCUUGGAGAGGGAGGAGCUACUCAACAACACUGAAGAGUCUUCCUUCACCUCUCUACUUACUGACACAGGGUCUGUGAAGAGCGAGGUUGUCUCAGACAAGGGGUCGGCAGGAAGUGUCCAGUCAGAUGGGGCAAACAAGGCGAGCAAGAAUGACGGACAAGUUCCCAAACAGAAUGGAGAUGUAACUAAUGGGAAGCGUCGUAGUAAAGAUUCUGGCAGCAACACCUCGUUGUUAGACCCACAACAGGUAGGGGACCACAGGCUGCCACGACAAGUUAGGUCAGACAGUAUGCAGUCGCAGACACGUGUGGCAUUUCAGGACCCAAAGACGGAUAAUACAGCAAAGUGAAUAAUUAUAUCGUAUACAGAACAUGUAGUUGUAUAAACUGCUAAAGUUCACUUGUUAAUUACUGGUAAUUGCUUUGCAAGUUGAGUGUUAUUACUUUAAGUUAUCGUAAUACAUGAAGUAUUAUAUGUUUUUUUGGUUUAUUCUUAUAUAUUUAAACAGUUAUGAAUAUCAUUGUUCUUACUUUUGGAAUGAAUGUUUAUGUUUUUGACCUUAAUUUAAAAAAAGGUUAUUCAAGUAUAAAAUAUUUUUUAUAACUAAAGAACCUAUCAUCUAAUCAUUGGUGAAAUACUUGCCUUCUUUGACAUACCUCAAAGUAUUCAGUAUGUUUUAUAUAUGGACAAAAUUAUUUCGAUAGCACACAGAGUUCAUUUUUAGUGUUCCAUUCAGUUGUGGACACCUACUUCAUGAAUUUUUAUGUUAAAUAUUAUAAACAUCAUGCAUUCAAAUGGUGAUAUUUCAUUUGUUUUAUACCUUUUAAGGAAUAUUACUGGUUAAGUAUCAAACCAAAUCAAUUUUUAGUCAAUUGAAGUUUUCAACCAAACAAAGUUACCUCAAUUUAUGACGUUGACAUCACAUCCUGUGCCAAGUUAUGUUUUUUUAAGGCAUUGUAUUUAUUGUAAUUGCAAAAGUUUACCAAACAUUUAAAUUAGCAAACAAAGUAGUGUCGCUACUUGUAUGAUGGAAAAACAGAAAAUACUAUUAGAGAGCAGGGUUUCUAUAGUAUUUGUAUGUUGAAUGCAAUGCGAAUUUUGCAGACGAAAAACCAUAGGUUUAUAAUUAAUUGCUGUAUUUUAUACAACGCUUAUGAAUUACCUAAUAAUUUAUAACAGAUUUGAAAUUAGCAGCGAAAUAUUUACUCCAUAUUUAGACCAAUCUUCUGGUCUGGUUCUGGUUCGAAGCACCGUAUGAUAUUUAUGAAUAAAAUAUAUGUGUAUGGGUUCUACUUAAAUGAAUAGUGAGUGUUGUUGAAGUGUUGAUUUUUUUACCUAGUUUUAUCCAGUUAUUUCUAAAGCUUAGUAAACAAAAGUAUUAAUAUUUUCGCGAGAUGUAAGAAGACAUAAAUGCCAUGGAGAUAAUUCAAAGGAUACUUAAUUUCUUUAUGUCUGAAAGCAUUUUAGUUGCGUUUUGAAUUGAUAAAAAGUACAGGAAGUCAUAUCUGAUGCUCUUAUGAAAUAAGAACUUUAAUUCUAUAUGUUACCUUAAUGUAUGCCAUGAUAACAAUUUACAUGUAUAGAUGAACAAUUUAAUUUGUAGGUUGUUAACUGUUGUGUAAUGUGAUUCCUGCCAUGCAGUCUGUGAUAUCCUUGUUAUUUAUUCUGUUGUUAUGUGGUAUGUGUUCUUCAUGUAAUUUUGUAAAAAAAUGUAGGAAAAAUCAUGUAUUAAAUAUGCAUUUUUAGAGAGAAUUUUCAUGUGGGCUCAUGUGACACAUAUUUAUUAUUGUUCAGUGUGGUUUCCAUCAUUAUUCAAACAAAAAAAAUCCACUUUUUAGAAGUCCAUAUUUUCAAUUCUUGAGUCUGCUUGUGGAAAGUGAUAUGGCUGUCACAAUUGAUGAAUGUAUGUUCAUGCAUUUGUGUCAUCGUUAAGCCAUCAGCCACUUGUCUGCACUGUUAUUUCAUUAUUUAUAAAACAAUUUUAAAUAACUUAACACAAAUGUUCACCAUUAGGAGGUGGCUCAAAAGUCAAUGUCACAUUUUGUUUUCAAAGGUCAAACAUGUUCAAAUAAUAAUAAUUAGAUGCAUUUUAGACAAGUGGUUCAACAUAUCGUCAAUAGGCAAUUCCUGUGAAUUUAAAAGAAUCCAAAACACAAGGAACAAAAUAAACCUGUACAUACCUUGAAUUACUGUGUUAUGGGGAUACUUAUGUAAAAGUUUGUUAAUCUUUAAAAUCAUCUAAAGAUGUAAGAAAAUCCCAAAGUCUACAAACUUUAUUAGUUGUGGUCAUUAUGAAAAUUUAUGAUUGUGGUUUUCAUAUGCAUGUAUUCCAGUUCUAUUUUAUUAUAAAUAUUACAAAUUGUAUUUUAUAUAAUUGUUGAAUUUGAAUAUAAUUAUGUGACGUGUUAAAUUUACAUUAGUUAAUAAAUAUCUGUACUG